AUGAACGAGGAAGAUUCAUCGAUUUCCUUGCGAAUUUCCUGCUUGAGAUAUUAUAAUAUUUCCGGAGGCACUCGUGAAUUAGAAGAGCAGCUGAAGAAACCUGGAGUGCGAAGUCAUGUUUCGACAGCUGUGUUCUCACAGCGUGGUUUUAAGUGCAAAGCUCGUCUUGACCAAUCAGCGAACGACAAAUGUGACGGCUUUGCUGAAGCUAGGGGUGUUGGUAAGUUUGCAGAAUCAUUGUAUAGAGGGCUUAUAUUUGAACACGAAACACCAUACACUCUUGUCAGUCUCGUCACUACAGCCUAUCAUAACUCUUAUUUUGAGAUCCAAGUUUAGAGAUCUAUGGCGCAUUUAAAGUUUAUCUGCGUAAUACUUUAUUUUUCCAUCUUUUUGUCUUUGUUCACGCGCGAAGAAGCUUACGUCACUAACAAAGUCGGUAAAAGAACGUUCAAGGUAAAUAUUUGUUAUAUAAUGUUUUGUACACAAGGGAAUUCAACUGUUUUCAUAAAAUGUCUUUCGGUCAACCAAGAAUUGAAAGGUUCGUCUAAAGUAAUAGAUUGACUGAUGGCAACCUCUGACAAGUAUUCUAAGACUUUGAAGAGCUUCGCUUGGUGCCUUAAUUAUAUUGGUUUUCUUGUUCGUCUCAAGCGUCAGAGCAUCAUGGAAAAUCGGUCUCAUUUGUUUGAUAUCUAUAUUGAAUACUGAUUAGACAUGAUAUAUGUUUUUUAAAAUGAUACGUAUACCAUUUUUUCGAUAAAUUACGUUACAGUUUUUUUUUUUGCGUUAUUGAUCACAGCUACAGCGAAAACUUCAGAUGGCGUCGGUACUCAGAAGUCGCGUAAUGGACUCAGGACCUAUGCGUGCGCAGACUCAGGGGGCAGAAACUAACGAAAAUGGAGCAUGA